AUGGAUCAGAAGCUCAGCCGUAAGCCGAUGAUCGAGGAUUUGGCCACGGUUGCUUAUCCAUGGAGGGUCAUGACCAUGGAUCAAUUCCACGCCCUCGACGAAUUACUCGAACUCUCACUACUGAGACGCUGCAGAUGUUCCGUGAUCUAUCGUCUUAUUCAGCUCGACUGGCUUUAUCACGAGCGGUUCCGAAUGCGGACAGGAUGA